AUGUCAAAGGGUGAGGAAGAAGUUAUCGACUAUGCAACAGAGAAGAAACUUGUGCGAAAGCUUGACUUCUGGAUUGUCCCUCUUAUGAUGGUUACCUACACGCUUCAAAGUUACGACAAGGGAAUCAUGAGUGCAGCUACUCAGUUCGGCUUCAAUACCGACCUCGGACUUACGAGGGUCAUCGGCCACGAAGCAGACGGCACGGCGAUCACGAACAACCAGAAAUACUCAAAUGCAUCAAUGAUAUUCUACAUCGGAUACCUCUGUGGAACUUAUCCCAUGAUGUAUCUCACUCAACGCUUCUCAACAUCACGAGUCCUCUCUAUUGCCACUUUCUUCUGGGGUGCAGUCGUACUUUCAACAGCAGGAUGUUACAACUAUGCCGGCAUCAUGGUCAACAGAUUCUUCCUCGGCUUCCUAGAAUCUGCUGUAGCUCCAGCUUUCACUGUCCUCGUCACAUUCUGGUGGACUCGAGAGGAACAGGCGCUCCGAACUGGUCUCUGGUACAGUUGUGUUGGUGUUGCAACUACUAUCUCACCACUUAUCAAUUAUGGACUCGGCCAGAUUCACAGCUCACUCGCUUCGUGGAAGCCUAUCUUCCUCAUCCUCGGCGCUGUUACUGUCUUGUGGUCAAGUGUCCUCUUUUUCUGUCUUCCAGACAGUCCGUUGACCACCAAAGGCUUGACUGAGCCCGAACGAGCAAUUGCGAUUCGUCGUCUGGAGCGCAACAAUGCUGGCACAAUCAGCCACACAUUCAACAAGGCGCAAUUCCUUGAAGCCUUCCGUGACUACAAGCUUUACAGCUGUACUUUGAUUAUCCUCCUUACCGGUGUCCCCUCCGGGGCGAUUGGAACCUUCGGUACCGUUGUCAUCAACGGUUUUGGAUUCAGUCAUUUCGAUUCUCUGGCCUUGACUUGCCCUAUUGGUGCUAUCACUGCACUUUCUAUCCUUCUCGGCGGAUAUGUCACACGAAAGGUCAACAAUGUUCGCUAUUUUGUGAUUAUCACUUUUGCGCUCAUUUCAAUUGCGGGUGCUGCAAUCUGCUGGGGCGGACCUCGAAGCGAUAGGGGUCUUCUCUUUGCGGGUAUCUUCCUCAUGGCAGUACAAGUCGCGGCAGGUGGCCUGGCCGUCUCAUUGGCUGCCUCAAAUGUAGCAGGACAUACGAAGAAAGCCACGAUAAGUGCAACCACCUUCAUCGGAUAUUGUGUCGGUAAUGUUAUUGGCCCCGAGAUCUUCGGCGCCUCUCCUGGGCCAGUGUACCAUGCUGGAUUUGUGGGGAGUUGUAUUUGUUUGUGUUUAGUCGUCGUGAUUGCAGCUAUCACGUAUUUCUUACUUCGCAGAGAUAAUGCCAAGAGAGACAGGAUGACGGGCGGUGCACGUCUGGGUAUUCACAGCAUCGACGAAGAUCUGUCGGAUAUGCAGAAUGAGGAUUUCCGUUAUGUAUUGUAG